CUGUCUGUCUGUCUGUCUGUCUCUUUGUCUGUUUGUCUGUCUGUAUGUCUGUGCGUCUUGUGGUGUCAAAAAGCUAAAGAAUUGCAAACAGCUGCUGAUACACAUGACACACAGAGGUUUUAUGAAGGAUUGAAAGCUGUCUAUGGACCGCAAGCCCGGGACAUAACACCCAUUCAAACAGAAGAUGGCACUAUGCUAAUAACAGACUGCGACGGAACUCUUCAGAGAUGGGCUGAGGACUUUAAUGCAGGUCUGACUCGUUCAUGUGCUUUGUCAGAGGAUGUACUAGAUGACAUCCCGCGUAUAGCCUUUGGUAACAAGUUUGCUGAUACUCCCACUAUCUUGGAAACGACAACAGCAGUCAACCAAAUGUCUAGUGGCAAAGCCCCUCGAGAUGAUUGUUUACCAGCAGAGAUAUUCAAGUAUGGUGGUAGUCAUCUAAUUGGUAGAUUACACCAGCUAUUUCAGAAGGUUUGGGAGAAAGAAAAGGUACCGCAGGAUUUUAGAAAUGCUACCAUUGUCCGUUUGUAUAAGAAACGAGGUGAUCGGAGCAUAUGUGACAACCAUAGAGGAAUCUCUCUACUAUGUAUAGCAGGCAAAAUUUUGUCUUGCAUUUUAGUCAACAGACUGUCACUGUAUGUAUCAGGACUUAUGAUUCCUGAAAGUCAAUGUGGCUUUCGCAGACAUAGAAGUACAACUGACAUGAUUUUCACUGCUCGUCAAAUGAGGAGAAAUGCCGGGAGCAAAAGAGAGAUCUAUAGCUAUACAUGGUAUUUGUAGACUUAACCAAAGCUUUUGACACGGUCAGUAGACUGGGUGUUUUGAAGAUUCUGCACAAAAUUAGUUGUCCUCCUAAAGUCUUAAACAUCAUUAAGUCAUUUCAUGAUGACAUGGUUGCUUGUGUGAUUGAUAACGGCGAACUGUCUCAACCCUUUGUAGUAUCAAACGGGACUAAGUAGGGAUGUGUUUUGGCCCCACUCUUGUGUA